GUUCAUAAUUUCGGAAAUUCGCCAUAUUGCUGAUUUCAAAGGUAAAUGUUCCGUUUUCCGUUGAUGUUGCAAAUAUUUUGAAAAUACGAUUAGAAACUGUUAAAGGUGAAUAGUUGUGAGAAGACCAUAGGAUUUAAGUGAAAAUGUUUCAGUCCCGACAAGAAGUUGAUAAACACGUUAAUAAUAGUUUGUUAAAAGUUAAUAAUGAGACUGAGAGAAAUUUGCGAUGUUUUUCGUUUGCAAAAUUGUAUUUUAAUGUUGGAGACUACGAGCAAGCAGUACGUUAUGUUACAUCUUAUCUUAGCGUAAAACCUAAAUCAGCCGAGGGACAUAACCUGUUGGGAAAAGCCCUGGAAAAGUUAGGUAAAAAAAAUGCCGCCUUGGAGGCUUACAGAACAAGCUUACAACAAAAUCCUAAACAAAAUAAUUUAGUUAUUAAAGUGUGUGAACUGAUGGCUCAACAUGAUGUCGAAGUUGAUAAUGCCAGGGCUAGGUACUUCUGUGACCUAGCUCAAUCUUUAGAUCCGCAAAAUCCAGUAAUAUUAAGUUUAAAAGAGAAAAUUAUUACAAAUGAUGGGAAAGAUCCUAAAGAGGUGUCCCAGUUCUUAAUAAAAGAAUUAGAAAUUAGACCAACCGACCUUAAUUUAAGAGUGAGACUUCUGAAACACUUUCUACAGAACAACAUGAUAAAAGAGGCUUUUAAACACGCCUCGGAUAUCGAAGAGAAAAAAUUAGAUUUGUUCGACAACAGUUUGCCAUGGUACGAAACGUUUGCCGAGGUUCUCGUCAAGUACCAGAAAGAAACUGUCUCUUCCCAACUGUCGUGGGAAUUUUGGUUCCUUUCCAUCUCGGUUUUAGAAAAGCUGGCAUCGCUCUCCAUGGACGAUCACACGGAUGCUGUCAAAAGUCAGGCGGACUACAUAAAUUCCGUCUUUAAUUUCGAUCAGUCCCUGUUAAAGGCCAGUCAGAAUGUCAAGUCGUGUCCAGAUAAAAGGCUUUUAAAAGAAUUUCUCAAUCACUACGAGGUGCAGCUGUGUUUUCAUCUGGCAGUGUUGGCCUUUAAGCAGGCCAAGAAAGGUCUGAUGGGUUUUAAAGAGGUUCAGAGUAUUGUUGUGCCUCUGUUAUUCAUCUCUUACAAUACCACCCCUCUAGAUAUACAGGGUGUUUGGUUUAAUAGUGUCUCAGAAUCUAGCAGGAAAAUAAUUAUGUGUUGGUAUAAGGAUGGUAAUUUUAGAUGUUCUCAGGCGGGACACAUCUUGCAUUCCAUGGCCAAGGAUAGAAGAAAUGUUUUUAUAGAAAAAGCUAAUCAAUAUUCCACAGGGAUGUGGCGCGAUCAAGCGUUUAAAAAAUUAUUCAUCACCAGAGAUCAACAACUGAAAAGCGCAACGAGCUAUUUUAUCAGCUCCAGUUCCUUGGAACCAGUCACUAAACUACCUGAACAGGUUGAUUUAGUGAAAUAUGAUGAGGUAGCACAAAACGUCCGUCCGGAUUCCUUGCAUCACUACAUCUGGACAGCCCUGAACACCGAGCCCAUCCACAAUUUUAACCUAAAAACCUUCGACGGGUUGCAGUACACGAUUAAGAAUCUGACAAACUGCGCCGCCGAAUCGCUGAACGUUCUGGAUAUACAGAGUUUCGUGUUGUGCGCGGCCUUGUCGGUCCGGACAAGCUCCAAAGGCGCCGACUCGAGUUUGAGCUAUUUUAAUCAAGACAAGCCGCCGGUUUUGCCCGCCUGCCUCACCGGACAUUUGGGCACUCUGAAUCAAGCCAAAUUCGUUUCGGCCGCCUACAAGAUGUACAAGCACGAGCACCCGUCGAAUACGGGGGAGAUCAGAUUGCUUCUGGUCAGGGGGAUUGAGGUGGUGAGGUGUGUGGGGAACCACGGAUUGGACGUGAAGCUCUUGGUGCAUCUGGCGAAAAUAUUUGAAGAAAGAGCCAACAGUUUGACUAAACAGUCCGAGAUCGAAGCUAAUAAUCAUAGGGCUGAGUUAUAUUGGAAGGCAGCCCUACCAUUUUUGGAAAAACUGAAAAAUAAUUAUGCCAUAGUGUACCCCAAAAACAGAUUGUUCGAAUACCGAUCUAAUAAGGAGCUCGGCCAAGAGGAGGUAUCCGAUUACCUAGAAAAAGCCAAGUUGUUCUUGGGAAUUCAGCAAAUGAAAAAGAAGGAAUACGAAAAGGCCAUGCACGUGUUCGAAGGACUGAAAGACCCGUACGCCAGCUUCUACCAGUCUCAGAUGUACAAAUCGAUGGCCGAUUCGAAGACCAAUCAGAACAAGGAGAACGUGACGUCGGAAAUGAGGAGUCAGAACGUUAUUUUGCUGUCGAAAGCUAGGGAUUGCCUGUAUUUGACGUUGGACAGGCUGCGGGAUCCCGCGCAGGACAAAGACCAUCCGUUGAACGCACAGUUGGGCACCGAAAUCGACAAGAUAGAGAGGUUAUUGUGCAGGUUCGAUCCGGAUUGCGCCAACAGGAACGAAUGUGAUGGAAUGUCCGACGAGAACGUGUCUGACAGUUCUGUGGGCGAGCACUACCUCAGCACCUACACGCAUCACGCCAGUUUCCAAAACGGCCGCGAUUUCAGCGCCAAGAACGACUCCCACCUGCACUCGACGCCGCUGCGUUUGGGGACGACCAGAACAGAGGCGCGACCAAGCCCCGAGAGGUUGGACGCUCAGCUGCGUCAAAUGAUGGCCUCCAAAGACCUGACCAUGAGGAAUCUCAUCGAACAAAACAGGACCUUGACAGAACUGCAAAGGUCUCUUAUGGAGAAGCAUUUUGUCGAGCUGACCCAUACAAUGGACGAUCGCCUUCAAAACGUCAUCGAUAUGGUUCAGGGCAUGAAAAAGGAGAUGAACGAGAUCAGGAAAGAAAUAAACGAGAUCAAAAAAAAUCAGAUCAAGAACACGCAACUUAGCGACGAGGAUCUUUAUGUCUUGGAUCCGGACUACAGCUCUGCUUUGGAUUACAAUUUGGGCACGGGCUUGAGUAAUCCAGCUCCAAACAUAAAUCCAGUUGUUAACAAUAUGUAUCCGCCUCAGUAUAACCCCGCCAGAUUGCAAGGCCAAACAUUGCUGCCUGGUUUCGGCGCUCACGCCCCCUGGUCAGCCGGGUACUUCGGCAUGCCGUACCCCUACGGUCCCAUGGGACUCCAGGCGCCGCCUUUCCUGCCCCCGGCCGACCAGCAGCAGCAACUAAGCCAGCUCGGUUUGGUACAGCCGCCCUACCAGCAACCGAUGAACCUGAAUCUGGGUUCUUUGAUGGCGGCGCAGGUUCAGAACGCCCAAAUGCCGGCCAAGGACAGUCCCAAAACUGCGCUGAAUCUCGGUACGCAAAGUGCUCAGAACGUUGCCGCCGCGGUACCGCUGGCGACGACCAAGGAACAGGUGCCGAAGCCGGCGUUUUCCGGAGGUUUGGGGGCCGUUCAGGCUCCUUUGGUAUCGAACAGCAAGGCGCCGCCGGUCAACGUGGUCAUUACGUCUUCGGAUCCGUUGCCCAGUAUCAAGAGUCCAGCUUCGCAGCCGGUGUUGUCGGUUACUAUUCCUCCGCAGCAUAUCAAAGGCAACAUACCAAAACCCGUCCCGGUAAGCACCCAGCCACACAAUUACCAAAUACCGCUACCGGCCAGCAACGCGGUAGCCUCCACUCCGUCGGUACUGAGCAAGCCGGCGCCGGUGAUAUCCACCCAGAGCUUGUUAUCCGGAAUACCGUCCCCCGCUAUAUCGGCCAUCGUGGCCAGCCCCAACGUAUCCUUGGGACUACAAAUCGAGAAAUCCCUGGAAGAGACGUUCCCGGGCGACAAGAGCGGCGCCAGUUUGAACAGGUCGAACGCUUCUGCGGAGGAGUACGACCCUAGGCCCGAUUUUAAGCCAAUUAUACCGUUGCCGGAUGAAGUUCCAGUGACUACAGGCGAAGAAAAAGAAACGGAAUUGUUCUGUCAACGAGCCAAAUUAUUCAGACACGUUACAACAAAUGAAGUAAAAGAAUGGAAAGAAAGAGGGGUAGGAAACAUUAAGAUCCUUCAUAACCCCGAAACGGGCAAAGUGAGGGUGUUAAUGAGGAGAGACCAAGUGCAUAAAAUCUGCGCCAAUCACUUCCUCACCAAAGAUAUGGUUCUGACGCCCAACACGAAGAACGAGAAGGCUUAUUUGUGGGCGGCCCACGAUUAUGCCGACGGCGAGAUGGUUUUGGAAAAGUUCUGCGUCAGAUUCAAAACAGCGGAAGAAGCCAAACAAUUUGCCGAAGCCUUCGAGAAAGCUAAGAACAAGAUUACCGAUGCGCCAGCAGCUGUUAAGUCGGUAACUGAUGCACCUAAAGGCAAACAGCCCGAACCCAAGAAAGCGGACGAGUUGCCGAAAGAACCCAUCAACAUGGGAGGCUUCAAGUUCACCAGCACGCCCACGUUCAAGCCGAUGGACGAGGCCAAACCCGUCCAGACCAAGCCCGAAGAGCGGAAAGAGGUGAUCGUGGCCAGCCCGUUCGCCUCAUUUAGUUUCGGCGCCAAAGCGGAACCGUCCAAGCCCGCGACGGCGUGGGACAACUUCUGGAAACCGCCGGCCGCGGGGUCGUGGAAGUGCGCCGUGUGCGAGGUCGUCAAUAAAGAGGCGGAUAGCAAGUGCGUGGCUUGCGAGACGAGUAAAGAUGGGAAAGAUACCGCUCAGGGCAAGGGCGGUGCUCAAGGAUUGAAAGGAGUUGAUUUGGAUACAGGUGGCCAAACCUUCAGUUUCGGCAUACCGGCGGCAUCCAAGCCCUUAACCGCUGCGCAGACGCAAAAGUCCGAACAGCCAGUGCAGAAGUUCUCGUUCAGCGUGCCGCCGGCAAACAAACCCGAUCCCAGCGCCGUUCUGUCCGGUUUCGGGGAUUCUUUCAAACCGAAAUCGGGAACGUGGGAAUGCAAGACUUGCUAUAUUCGAAACGAGCCUUCGAGCCAGUAUUGUCUGAGUUGCGAGACGCCAAAGGACGAUACGGUGCCUAAGAAAGAAACAGCGCCUAAAGGGGUAAAUUUAGAAACUCCUGGUUUAAAAUUCAACUUUGGUGUACCGACAACUUCGACGCCAGCCACCGUAUCCACAUCUACAUCACUAUCAACUCCAAAAUCGACAUUUUCUUUCGGAUCUACCUUAGCUACAACAACAGAACCGGUUUCGGAAAAAUCCGCAUCGGAGAGCAAGUCCCAGCAGGGCUUCGUAUUCGGGUCACCACACAAGCACGAUUUCGAGUUCAAGCCGCGAAGUCCCCGAAGGAUCUCCUCGGGACAGGGAGACGAGUCUGACGGCAGUUACAUGGAAGAAGAAGAGGCCAACGUGUACUUCAAGCCUGUCGUACCGCUACCUGAUAAGAUCGAUGUGAAGACCGGCGAGGAGAACGAGGAAGUACUAUAUUGUCAUAGGGCGAAAUUAUUCAGGUUUUCCGCUGGGGAAUGGAAGGAGCGCGGCCUGGGAGACGUCAAGAUUCUCAAGGACAACGUUUCGGGAAAAUUGCGUGUGGUGAUGCGCCGCGAACAAGUACUGAAAAUAUGCCUGAACCAUUGGCUGACCAAAACCGUGGAAUAUUUACCCAAAGACGACCGAACCUGGCUGUUUUUCGCUCCCGAUUUCUCCGAAGGAGAGAUCAGCACAGACCAGUUCUGUUUAAGAUUUAAAACCCCCGAUAUAGCCAAGGAAUUCAAAACCGCCACAGAGAACGCGAUCAAAGACGACGUUAAAAAGGAUAAAGAACCUGAACCGAUAAUUGAAGAACCGGAAUCUUCGGACGAUUCCGAUGUUGAAUUUGUUUCCGAUACUCAAGUCACUCUCGAAGAAGAGACUGAUGCAUUGAAACUGGGUUUGCCUGCCAAAUUUUUCGCUUAUAGACAAAGACCGGAUUGUACUUGCGAGCAAUGCAAGAAGGAGGACGAAUAUUUGAAGGAACUGUUUGGAAAAGAACCGGACUCAAAGCCGGAAUCUAUCAAAGUGAGCAGUACCAGUUCAACUGUAUUUGGCACGCCUACUUUAAGCUUGGGAACCCCAUCAUCGGGAAGCGUUUUCGGCACGCCCAUUACCAGCUUUACCUUCAGUUCUACCACUCCAACAGCGUCCUCGCCUGUUGUAAGCGCUCCAAAAUCGGAUUCGUUACGCGAUCUGCUCCAAAAGACCGUGCCGAUCGCGUCCGAACAAACACCGAAAAGCGGCGAAGUGUUCAAAUUCAAAUUCGGACAGGCCAGUGUGGAAACGUCAGUUCAAAACGCACCGACGCCACCUACAAAGUCCGAAAAUAUAUUUCAGACUUCUUCAUCCGGAGGAAAUUCACCGUUUCUGGGCAGCGGACUAUUUAAUUACCACACCCCUAAGGAAGGAGCCACGCCUAAUCUUUUCGGUGAUUUGAACACUAGUAAAGCCGACUCUGCCGGUGGAUUGUUUGAAAGCAAAAAAGAUUCGGAUGCGGGCAAAUACACCUUUGGCUCCAGCAGUUCUGCCAACUUAUUUGGAAACUCUUCCGCUCAAAGCUUGUUUGCGACACAGCCAACGAACAUCUUCGGUACUGCCUCCGCCACCACGACUAGCAGUGCCAAUAUUUUCAGUUCCAACAGCGGAUCCAGCGACUCUAGCAAUAUAUUCUCCAGCGCUGGCAAUUCUUCGAAUAUAUUUUCUGCGGCACCUGGCGCAGCCUCCACGGGAAAUAUAUUUAGCGGUACCGGCGUGAGUACCAACACGAGCUUGUUCGGGAAUGCCGCCACUCAAAGAACAUCCGGUACGAGUAUCUUCGGUGGACCUCCUUCAAUACAGGGUACUCCAGCGAAGCCCUCUGUGUUGGGCACCACUAUUUUUGGCAGCAAGGCGGAGCCCAAAGUAACCGACGCAAAUUUAAACUUUGGAUCGUCCAAUAAUGACGCCGAAGAGAUCGUGUUGAAUUGCGAUCCAAGUUUAUCGUUUUCAAGUUUGGCAGCAAAAGUGGAUCCCAAGUCUGAGCCUGCUUUCUCCGCCACGAAAACAGCGGACGCAACCAAGCCUUUCUCAUUUUUAGGCGCGGGAGCUCCGGUAUUUGGCACAUCCCCUUUGACGAGGGGAACCCAAAACGAGGCCGAGAAUAACAGCAAAGAUGGCGACGAUGAGACUGGGGAGCAAGACGAUAAAGAACACGAUCCACACUUUGAGCCCAUAGUACCUUUGCCCGAUCAAAUUGUCGUGUCGACUGGCGAGGAGAACGAAACGGUUUUGUUUGGAGAAAGAGCCAAACUGUACAGAUAUGACGCCAACGGCAAGGAGUGGAAGGAAAGGGGCGUGGGCCAAAUUAAAAUCCUGCACGACCCGGCCAACGGUACCUACAGGUUGCUGUUGCGCAGAGAACAAGUGCACAAAGUUGUUCUGAACGAAAGAAUAGGGCGCGGUUUUCAACUACAACAAAUGAACACCUCAGAUAGGGCCUGGACCUGGAUCGGCCAUAACUACGUCGACGACGAAUUCAAUAUGGAGAAUCUUUCUGUCAGAUUCAAGAACACCGAGCAGGCGUUGGCGUUUAAAAAAACCGUCGAAGAAGUUGUGCAGAAGAUAAGCGAUGCGCGCGGUCCCAGCCAGGCAGAAUACGACGGCCAAGAAGAUCAGGCGUAUAGAGUUCACCAUGAAGACGACUACGAUGACGAUGAGGAUGAGGACACUGAAGAUGAUGAGGAUGAUAGAUCGAUAAUGUUCAGCAAAAACUGCACGCUGAGCGAACUGACCAGUAACAACACCUGGCAGACGGUUGGUAUGGGCGAGCUGCAGCUCUACUACGACCCCGACAUCUAUGCGGCCAAAAUAUGCGUCACCGACCACCAAGGUCAGAUACUGACCAGUAGCAUAAUCGGAAUCAACACUUUCGUCACCAUCGAAGGCAGGGACUGCUGGUAUAAAACUGUAGAAUGGGUGGACGAGCGUCAACCCGCCUUCCGGACGUUGAAAGUGACUUUCAGCAGUCCAAAUGCAGCCCAAGAGUUCCAUUCCAACUACCUUGAAGCCGUCAACUUUGCACAAGAGGUGGGCAUCGUGGACGAACUACCCAACGCGGAAGAUUAAUUAUUAUAAAUUGUAAUUCUUUUUCAUUCUUUUAGAGUUUGUUAUAUUUAGUUGCAGUUUGUUUUUUAGGAAGAAAACAGGUUAAAAAACUUAUUACACAUAAUGUACUGUUUAUUUACUAUUUCUGUAAUGUUUUCUCAGUUGAAAAGUUAAACUAUAUUAUAAGUUCGAA